CUUUCUUAAGUCACUUCAAAUGCUGUUUGUGCGGCUGGAGCUCAUUGUGAGGAGAGCCGAGCAGGAGACAGGCAGGUGAUGGACGAUUCUCACACUCGCGAUCUGAUCGUGUAGAAACCUCCAGCAUGGAUCUGACCGAGAGCGAACGCAAGCGUCCAGAGGACUUCUCCAGCAGAAGCAUCGACCUUUCUCUUCUCCCCUAUCCUCUCCCUCGCCCCGUCGUGCCUCAGCCGCACCGAUUCGUCCCAGAUAUGAUCGACCUGAACCGGCUGCGUCUCCAUCGCGUGAUCCAGGUGAAGCAGGAGACGUUGAAGCCUCUGUUGCUGUGGCCUCCGUCGCCUCCAUUACUCCUGCGCUCUCCUGCUCCCUACUUUCCUUCUUUCCAUCCCAGUCUGGUCCCGUUCCCGUUCCUCCAUCUCUCUCCGAACCCCUUCUACCCCACCAAAGCCACACGGUUUCGCCGCAGGAGCCAAGAAGCCAGCAAACCGGAAAAGCUGAAUGUGUACGUGGAUGAAAGCUACUACGUGAAUGUGGGCGGUGAUCAGAAGCGCUGGAAGUGCCGCAUGUGCGAGAAAUCCUACACGUCCAAAUACAACCUGAUCACGCACAUCCUGGGCCACAGCGGCAUCAAGCCGCACGAAUGCAACCUCUGCGGGAAACUCUUCAAGCAGCUGAGCCACCUGCACACACACAUGCUGACGCACCAGGGCACACGGCCGCACAAGUGCCAGGUGUGCCACAAAGCCUUCACGCAGACCAGCCACCUGAAGAGACACAUGAUGCAGCACAGCGACGUCAAGCCCUACAGCUGCGGCGUCUGCGGCCGGGGCUUCGCGUAUCCCAGCGAGCUCCGCGCACAUGAGCUCAAGCACGAGAGAGGCCAGGAGAACGUGUGCGUGGAGUGCGGACUCGACUUCCCCACGCUGGCGCAGCUCAAGCGCCACCUGACGGCGCACCGCGGCCCCAUGCAGUAUGACUGCGGCGAAUGCGGCAAGAGCUUCCAGUAUCCCAGCCAGCUGCAGAACCACAUGAUGAAGCACAAGGACAUCAGGCCGUUCAUCUGCAGCGAGUGCGGGAUGGAGUUCGUCCAGUCGCACCAUCUCAAGCAGCACGCGCUCACGCACAAGCUGUGUGGAAAGGAGUUUAACAGAAUGCAUAAUCUGAUGGGCCACAUGCACUUGCAUUCUGACAGCAAACCCUUCAAAUGCCUUUACUGCGCCAGCAAGUUCACGCUGAAGGGAAACCUGACCCGCCACAUGAAGGUCAAACACGGCAUCAUGGACCAAGGCCUGGACGCUCGCGUCUUCAGGCGACGAGGACGGCUGUGUCUCUCCGGUCGUCUGCGGAUCCUGUCCCGCAUCGGUCAGGAGGAGCCCUUCGAUCUGUCCCAGAAGAAGCAGCUGCGUCUGUCUCAGUCUGACGGCGGCAGCUCCGGUCGAGAAGAAGACGAGGACAGUCUGUACAGUCCUGACCUCUACAGAAGAGACCAGACGACACGCAGCGCUGCAGAGAUAAAGAGGACGGCUGCUGACGGACAACAAGACAGAGACUCUCAGACACGCUGUGAAUGAUGAUGUUUCAGUAUUUUUUUCAUGUGAAAAAUCUACAGAAAUUAUUUCCUGCGUCAGUAUUUUUUGACGUUUUCCAAUAGAAAAUAUCUAA